AUGUCCCCGCAACCGAAUCAUAGUGAAAAUAAUAACGAUGCAAAGAAGGUUAAACUUGAUAAAAAUCAAAACGUGAAACCUUCGAAAGUAAUACACAUAAGAAACAUUCCGAGUGAUGUUUCUGAACCGGAAAUCAUACAUUUGGGUAUUCCGUUUGGACGUGUCACCAACGUCUUAGUUCUCAAAGGAAAAAAUCAGGUGAGAUACGAAUUAUCAGCAUCGGAAAUGGUGUCUUAUUUCACGUCUUGUGCUGCCCAACUCAGAGGAAGAGCAGUUUUCGUCCAGUUUUCCAAUCACAAAGAACUCAAAACAGAUCAAACGCACAGCAACGCGAACGCUUCCGCUCAGGCCGCUCUUCAAGCAGCUCAAGCAUUAUCCGGAAGUAUCGACACUCAGGGAGGACCGAACACGGUUCUUCGCGUUAUUAUCGAGCACAUGGUGUAUCCCGUGACGUUGGACGUUCUUUACAAGGUGAGACGGAAAAUUUUAUUGACACGACAAAGUUUUCGUUCUUUUCAGGCAUUAAUUCAAUAUCCCGACGUUAUAACGGCUCAAGCUGCCAAACUGUCUUUGGACGGUCGAAACAUCUACAAUUCUUGCUGCACUCUUCGCAUUGAAUAUUCAAAACUUUCGGCACUUAACGUCAAAUACAACAAUGACAAAUCAAGGGAUUACACGAAUCCGAAUUUGCCAACGGGAGAUUCAGGUUUGGACGGUCUCGGAUUAGGGGGUGCCGACAUAUUGCCGCAACUUUUAAUGGCUAAUUCCACGCCUUCGAGGCACAGGAGCCUUCCGACGGAUAUGCAAGCACGUUUGGCUGCCGGUGACCUCACGAGUCCAUUAGCAUUUGCGGGAUCCCCGGUGACGAGCGGCAUGCCCUUGGCAGGUUUUGCUCUUCCUGGAGCAAAUGCCGCACUCGGUGUACCUGGCAUUAGAUUGCCAGGAUCCGGAGGAUGCGUUCUCCUCGUCAGCAAUCUCAACCAAGAGAUGGUCACCCCUGAUGCUCUGUUUACUCUGUUCGGUGUUUAUGGGGACGUCCAGAGGGUAAAAAUUUUGUACAACAAAAAAGAUUCGGCCCUGGUUCAAAUGGCGGAGCCCUUGCAAGCUCACAUAGCUAUGAAACAUUUAGACCAAAUAAGAGUUUUCGGAAAAAACAUAACCGUCGUUGCGAGCAAACACACGCUCGUUCAAAUGCCUAAAGAUGGACAGCCAGAUGCUGGCCUCACCAAAGAUUAUGUUAAUUCUCCACUUCACCGUUUUAAAAAACCGGGUUCGAAAAAUUAUCAAAAUAUUUAUCCUCCGAGUUCGACUCUGCACCUAUCAAACAUUCCGCCUACCGUCACCGAAGAAGACAUUGAGGAAGCUUUCGCGGAAGCCGGUUUCGAGGUGAAAAGCUUCAAAUUUUUUCCAAAAGACAAAAAAAUGGCUUUGAUCAAUUUGGAAAGCGUCGACCAGGCUGUAUCUGCCCUUAUCAAAAUGCACAAUCAUCAACUGAGCGAAUCGAAUCAUCUUCGCGUGUCGUUUUCCAAGACUAAUAUUUAA